UUCAUGAAAUUUUAAUGACCGAAGAAACAUUAUGCAAAAAAAGGUUGUGUUAAGCUUCAACUAUCAUGAAUCAUGACUUCUCAUUAAUUUCUAGACUGACACUCGAUGACAUUUAUGUAAUAAAUAAUAUUUAUAUGUCAAAGAGUCGAAUGUAUAAAAUAGGAAUAUUUAAGUUUUCUUGUGUAUUUUUGCUUUAUUCGUUCUGUAUAUCAGUUUUUUUAGUUAAUAGUGAUUAAUUUAAACAUGAACUUGGGCACUGAACUCAUAUGAACACAUAACCUCAAAAUCAAACCAAAACAAACAAAUGGCAACUAAGUUUAACGUCGCUGCGUAUAAUUUUCGUACGAAAUGUCCCUACGUCAGCAAAGACCUCCUUCGUUGGUUCCCUGGCCACAUGAAUAAAGGGCUAAAACAGAUGCAAAGAAAACUCAAAUCAGUUGAUUGUGUUAUCGAAGUCCACGAUGCAAGAAUACCGUUUACUGGUCGAAAUCCUAUCUUUACGAGCACAAUGACUGGCGCUAAGCCUCAUAUACUAGUUUUAAAUAAAAAAGAUCUAACAGUACAAUCAUUAAUACCAAAGAUCAAAGACCAACUUACUGCUAAAGAAGGAAUAGAAAAUGUAAUUUUCACGAAUUCAAAAGACCAGCAUUGUCGUGGCCUUAAAUCUUUACGACCCCGUAUGGUUGAUAUUAUCAAGAAUUCUAAUAGGUAUAAUCGGAGUGAAGAACUAGACUAUAGUGUAAUGAUCAUAGGUGUGCCGAAUGUUGGCAAGUCAUCACUCAUCAACAUGCUUAGAAGUCGCAAUAUGAACUUAAAACACGCCCUCCCUGUUGGUGCGGUGGCCGGCAUCACCCGUAGUGUGAUGACAAGGAUUAAAAUUAAUAACGACCCAAAGAUAUUUAUGUUGGACACUCCAGGUAUACUAGAGCCAUCAGUGAAAAAUAUAGAGAUGGGACUGAAGCUGGCCCUCUGUGCAUCGCUACAGGACCACCUUGUGGGUGAAGAAAUAAUAGCUGACUACCUCCUGUACUGGCUGAACAAACACGGCAAGUUUAAGUAUGUGGAUUUCAUGGGCUUAGAAGAACCCAGCGAUGAUAUAAAUAAGGUUCUCAUAACAGGUUCCAUUAAGUUCAAUCGAGUCAGAAGAAUAAGAGACUAUGAUGGACAAACUCGGGAAGUUCCAGACGUCAUAGAGGUUGCUAGAACUAUGAUCAGAGCGUUUAGAACUGGGGAGUUAGGGAAGAUAUUACUGGAUAUUGAUCUGCUUAAGAACGAUAGAGAGGAAGAGAAGAUUCUUGAGUGACAAAUUAGAAAUAGGAUAGUUUUAAAUUUGUGUAAAAAUUUGUCCUAAGAAUAGCUUGGAUAUAAAUAGUAUAUUAGCAA